AUGGUGAUUGAUUCUCCUACCACUCCCUCCUCUUCUUCCCCUCCCCCUCCUCCUCUUCCUCUGAAGAUGAUACAGGAAAAGUGCAUUUGCACCAACGAGCUAUCUGCCCCUCCCAAGAAGACCACAUUAAUAUUAAUCGCGAGUACACCACCUCUGACAGGAUCUGGUAGUGUGCGUGUUGUUGUUGAGGAUGUUAAUGACCACAGUCCAGAGUUUGAUAGAUCUGUAUAUGUAGCGGUUGUAGAGGAAAACAAGCCACCUGGAACUUAUGUUGUGCAAACAUCUGCAACAGAUUUAGAUGAAGGAGACAAUGCAAAAAUUAAAGAUUGCAGUGCCACAGAGCCUAGAGCAACUGCAGUCAACUUAACAAUCAUAGUGAGCGAUGAAAAUGACAACAGUCCUCAGUUCCAAACGAGUACAUACACAGUCUAUAUCCCUGAUAAAAUACUACCUGGACAAUUUGUGUUUGGAGCCAAGGCAGUAGAUGAAGAUGAAGGUGAAAACAGCAAGAUACUCUAUGCCCUAGCAGGAAUGGAUGCAAACAGGUUUACUAUGGAGCCAAUAACAGGAGUAGUUAAAGCAAGAACAGAACUACGUGAUAAAUCAGUGUAUAAUUUAAGAGUUGAGGCAAGAGAUGGAGGUAAAGAACCUCGUACAGCCACUAUCGAACUUACUGUUCAUCUCAUGGCAGCAAGCAGUUUUCCAGUAAUACGAGCACCUUCUCUCACAGAAUACACACUUGCUGAAGAUGUAGAAGCAGGAAAGGUAAUAACUAGAGUGACUGCAACAUCUCCCAAACAAGGAAAAGUGGGGGUAAUACAAUUUGCUAUUGCUGGAAGCAACAUAGGAGAAGCAAUAAAAGUAGAUCCCACCACCGGUGAGGUAUUAGUUGCUGGCGGUGGUCUAGAUUUUGAAACAUCCCCUCAAUAUGAAGUGUGGGUAGAAGCAAGUGAUUCUGAUAAUCCACCACUGAGAUCUGUGCUAAGGAUUGUAAUCAAUAUAACAGAUGCUAAUGAUAACGCUCCAAUUAUGGAAUCACCUGUUUAUAAUCCACAAGUGAUGGAAGAAGAAUUGCCGCCUCAAGAGGUAGUAACUGUUAAGGCAACAGAUGCAGACUCAGGUAUGAAUGGUGUUGUUACCUACAGACUUCGAGAUGAUAUUGACGAAACUUUCUCUAUCGAUUCAUCCACAGGAGAAAUAUAUACUAAUACAAAACUGGACAGAGAGAGAAUUUCUAGCUAUCAACUCAUUGUAGAAGCUGUGGAUGAAGGUACUCCACAAAUGACUGGAUCUGCAACAGUUUUGGUGACCGUAUUGGAUAAAAAUGACAGCCCACCAAGAUUUACUCGUUUAUUCAGUGUAAAUGUCACAGAAAAUGCUGAGUCUGGGUCUUUUGUUAUUAAAGUAACCAGUUCUGACCUAGACAUUGGAGAAAAUGCUAAUGCUACCUAUAGUUUCACACAAAACCCGGGCAAUAAAUUUUCAAUUGAUCCUAUUACAGGGAAUGUAACAGUUGUAGGACCAUUAGACAGGGAAACACAGGAUGAAUAUUUCCUCAAAGUUCUUUCUUAUGAUGGAGCAUGGAAAUCAGAAACACCACUUACAAUAACUAUCCAGGAUCAAAAUGAUAAUGCUCCAGAGUUUGACCAUUCAUAUUAUAGUUUUAAUUUUCCUGAACUACAAAGAAAUGUUAUGUUUGUUGGUCAAGUGGUUGCGUCUGAUAGGGAUAAGCAAGGUCCUAAUUCUGUAAUAUCUUAUUCUCUGAAGCAUCCUUCAGAUUUAUUUACCAUAGAUCCAGCAAGUGGUGAACUAUUUUCAAAGAGAGCUUUAAGAUACAAAUACACAGCAUUAGACUCCUCUCCGGAAAAUCAAUAUUCACUUACUGUUUUAGCGACAGAUAAUGGUAAACCUCCGAUGUCUUCAGAAUGCCUUGUUACAAUCAAUGUUGUUGAUGCAAAUAAUAAUGCACCCAAGUUUGUACAACGAGAAUACUUUUCACCUGUAUUACAAACAGCUAAGCCUGGCCAACAUAUAAUCAAAGUUGAAGCAAAGGAUGAACAAGAUUAUGGUAUAAAUGCAGAAAUUGAAUAUUCAAUUAUUGGUGGCAACGGUACAGGUAUCUUCAGUAUUAAUAAAGAUAAUGGAUGGCUAAUACUCAGGCAACCAUAUCUGAAUAAGGUUGCUAUACUGACACAGUAUUUCUUAACAAUUAGAGCAACUGAUCACGGUGUUCCUCCACAGCAUGAUGAAAUACCUGUUACAUUAGUUGUUACUGGUGAAAAUAGAUAUACUCCAGUCUUUACAGCACUAAGUUAUCAAGUAAAUGUCCAUGAAAAUGAACCAAUAGGAUAUCCUUUAGUAACAGUUGCAGCUACUGAUGCAGAUGAUGGACCAAAUGGUAUGGUACGAUACUUAAUAUCAAAUGGCAAUACAGAAGAACAUUUUAUGGUUAAUCCUGUAUCAGGAGCAGUCACAAUACUCCAUGAGCUGGAUUACGACACUGUUCGUGAAUACCGUUUAAAUAUAACUGCAACAGAUUUAGGAUUUGUGCCAAAAAGUUCAAUGGCAAUGCUAACAGUUAUUUUAACUGACAUAAAUGAUAACCCUCCUGUUUUCAAUCAAACAGUUUAUGAAGCUACAAUACCUGAAAAUUCUCCACCUGACAGUCUUGUCUAUCAAGUACAAGCCACAGAUAUUGAUUCUCCAAAGAAUGCUAUAAUACAAUAUUCCAUAGUUGGAGGUUCAGGAAAAGAUUAUUUUAAGAUUGAUAUGAAAACUGGGUCAAUCACUUCUAAAGUCAAAUUUGAUUAUGAAGAAAGAAACAUGUACACUCUAGACAUACUUGCUGUCAAUCCUGAUUCCCCUAUGUACGGCUCUACAAAAGUUGUUGUGAAAGUAUCAGGUGUUAAUGAAUAUUAUCCAUCGUUUGUUCAACCAGUAUUCCACUUUGAUGUAUCAGAAUCUGCAGAAGUUGGGACAAGUAUUGGUAUGAUUCAAGCAACUGACCAAGAUUCAGGUGAAGAUGGUAAAGUAUACUAUUUAUUUGUUGGGUCGAGUAACGAUAAAGGAUUUAACAUAAAUCCAGAAAGUGGUACCAUUACUGUUGCCAGGAGACUUGACCGGGAGACACAAAAUCGUGUUGUUUUGACGGUUAUAGCUAAAAAUGCAGGAGGCAUAAGAGGAAAUGAUACAGAUGAAUCACAGGUCAUAAUAUCAAUUCAAGAUGGAAAUGAUCCCCCAGAAUUUUUGCAAUCCUUAUAUGAAACCGACAUUUCUGAAGCAGUUGCCAGAGGUACCAAACUAAUUACUGUAAAGGCUGUGGACAAAGAUGUUCGAUUCCAAAAUAAUCAAUUUAGUUAUUCAAUAGUGAGUGGAAAUAUUGGCAAUGUUUUUAAAAUAGACCCACAGUCAGGUGAGAUAGAAACUACAGCAGCGCUUGAUCGUGAAACAAUGCCAUUCUAUACGAUAGUUGUUGGUGCUAUAGAUUCUGGAACUCCUCCUGAAACUGGGACUGCCACUGUAAAGGUGAUAGUCACAGAUGUCAAUGAUAAUGGCCCUGUAUUUGACCCCCCACAAGCAAUUGGAUAUGUAGUUGAAAAUGAACCCCCCAACACCAGUAUCAUGACAUUAACAGCAAAAGAUCCUGAUCUUCCACCAAAUGGGGCUCCAUUCACUUUUCACCUUUUGGGAGGAAUGGGAAAAGAUUCUGUCAUGGUUGAACCUAAUUCUGGUGUAAUAAGGACUACAAGAAUGAUUGAUAGAGAAGCUACUCCAAAAUUAGAAAUCUUGGUUGAAAUUGAAGAUAGUGGACAUCCCAAAAUGAGAUCUCAACAUCCGGUUUCUAUAGUGGUACUGGAUCAAAAUGAUAGCCCUUCCACCCCAAGAUCGGUACACAUACUAGUUCACACAUUUAAUGGUAUAUUUCCCACUGGAAAAAUUGCUGAUGUUCAUCCAAAUGAUGCUGACACAACAGGAGAAUACCACUGUAACCUUCUGGAUAACCCAACUAUAAGGGGUAUUCUUAGUAUACCAACAGGUUGCAGCCUUCAUACUUCUUGUAUAGACAUUGGAACAAAAUAUUCAUUCAGUGUAUCUGGAAAUGAUGGUAGACAUCCAGAUGUUGUGUCAACAGUAACUUUAGAAUUUUUGUCAUUUGAUAACAACACAGUUCAAAACAGUUUGACACUAAGAAUAGAAAAUAUGACAGCUCAUGAGUUUCUCUCCCAUCACUACAGAACUUUUACAGAGUUAUUAAAAAAUACAUUUGAACCAACAGAUUCUCCAUAUCUAUACAGUAUGCAUGAAAAUGAAGAUGGGCUAGAACUUACACUGGCAGUAAAAAGUAACAAUAAAGGUUUUAAAAGUAAACCACAGGUGAUUGCAACAUUAUCAAGAAAACAAGAUGCAAUUAGGGCUCUGGUACAGUCACCUAUGGUUACAGUUGGCUACUCACCUUGUCAUAAUUUAACUUGUCAAAAUGGUGGUAUCUGCACUGAAGGUAUCACUGUAUAUGAAGAUACGAGAAUAACAGACAGUCAAUCUUUAAUUUUAACUUCGCCCCUAGUGAACCAUGAGUUCACUUGUAGAUGUCCAGAAGGAUUUACUGGAACAAGAUGUGAAAAAAGACAAGAUCCAUGUUCUCCUAAUCCCUGUCAAGAAGGUGGAACAUGCAAAAGAAAUGGGUUUGAUUUUCAAUGCUUAUGUCCACCGACCCGAGAAGGAAAAUUUUGUGAGUCGGAGAGAGGAGAUCUAUGCAGUGGAAAUCCCUGUAGAAAUGGUGGCUCAUGCAGAGAAAGCCCUGAUGGUUCUUCUUUCUUCUGUCUCUGCAGACCAGGAUAUCGUGGAAAUCAGUGUGAAACUGUUAUGGACUCCUGUAGACCCAAUCCUUGCCUUAAUGGGGGACUAUGUAUAUCAUUAAAACCAGGAUAUCGGUGUAGUUGCCCAGAAUCAAGACAUGGAAAACACUGUGACAAAGCAACAUUUGGUUUUGGAGGACUUUCAUAUAUGGCUUUCCCAUCUCUGGAUGGUGGUACUAAUGACAUUUCUAUUACUUUUGCUACGACUAAACCAGAUUCUUUAUUAGUUUACAACUAUGGACCUCAGACUGGAGGGAGAUCAGAUUUUGUUGCAUUAGAACUUGUUGAUGGAAAAGCAUAUUUUUCAUAUGGAGGGACCAGAACAGUUAUAACUUCAGUGAAAACUGGAAACUCAUUAGCUGAUGGAGAAUGGCACAGGAUCACUGCUACAAGAAACGGAAGGCUUAUAUCUUUAAUCACUGCUACAUGUACUGAUAAUGGAGACUCUUGUCAAGACUGCAAACCAGGAGACACUUCUUGCUAUGCAACAGCAGUUGGUCCUUCUGGAACACUGAACUUCAACAACAUGCCCAUGUAUAUUGGAGGAGUAGUUGGAGCCGAUGCCAUACUGGAACGACCUGGACAAGUCCACUCUGAUGACCUUGUAGGGUGUGUCCAUUCUGUUUUAGUUAAUGGUCGAGGACUUAAUUUAUCAACAGCACUCAGCUCAAGAGGUGUCUCACCAACAUGUCCUCGUGGAAUAAAGUCUCCAUGCUCAGAUGCUGAAGAUACAUGUGGAAAUGGACAAUGCUCAGAUUUAUGGAACAAUGUAUCUUGCCGUUGCGAAGGUAGUGAAUUGUCAUCACCUGAUUGUAAAGCAUCACUUCAACCUAUAUCGCUUUCUGGUGGUGCAUAUCUAGAGAUUUUAAUAUCUGAAAGGCAUCGAAGAAUGCAAUUGCUUGAAUCAAUUUAUUGGGGUUCAACAUCCUGGUUAUCAAGAAAUAUGGACAGAAGUAGGAGAACUAUUGGUAAAUCAUCAGUAUCAACACUACAGCCCCCUAAACAGAUGAGCAUUAUGUUCAGAACAAUGAAAUCAGAUGGAGUCAUCAUUUUUGCAGCAACUAACAGUGAUUACACGUUUGUGAAGCUAAUGAAUGGGCACUUGGUAUACAUUUCACAACUUGGUGGAGCUGCAGCAGUGAAUAUGACAAUCCCGAAUUUACAACUUACUGAUGGAGUUUGGCAUAAUCUUACCCUCUUUUCUCAGUAUCGAGGACUAAGAGUUAUCAUAGAUGGAAAUCGAGUAGGAGAUGAAUUAGACUCAGCUGGAGUACAUGAUUUUCUUGAUCCCUAUUUGACUCUUCUUCGUCUUGGAGGUUCACAUCCAGAUCCUAUUCCUGGGAGAGAUAUACGUGUUACCGGUUUCACAGGGUGCUUAGCAAAUUUUACAAUAAAUUCAGAAAUUCAACCACUAAUAAAUGGAUCAGGUUCAAUAUUCUCUGACGUCAUGCCUGUCGGACCUGGUGUGUCUGUUGGUUGCUCAGGAACAAGUGUUGGUGCUGCAGUUACAACUGACCCACUAUCAAUUGGAAUUUCUCUAGUCUUAGUCUUUUUUGUUAUACUAUUAGUAGCAAUACUUGUUUCCUUUCUUGUAUUUCGUCUACGAAGACAGAAAAAAGAAAAGGGAAGUGGGAGCGGAAAAACAGUAGGAGGACCAGCUCUCUCAUCACCAGGUCCAGAUGGAACAGAAUCAGCUGUUACAAGUUUUAUCUCAGAAAAUGGUGAAGUUAUAAGGACUAGUCAUCACCUUGUAGCUCCUGAGCUUAUUUCUAAAAAAUACAAAGACCAGGAAGGCAUGUGUGAACUUCAGGCUCGUGUACAACGACCUGAUAUUAUAGAAAGAGAAGUAGUAACUAAAUCACCUCCACCUAGAGGUGAUGAUCAUCACCCACCACUACCUCAUCAUCCACAUGAUGAUUCAGAACAAGAACAUUAUGACCUCGAUAACACCAGUUCAAUAGCACCAUCAGACAUCGAUAUAGUCUAUCACUAUAAAGGUUAUCGAGAAGGAUCUGGAAAUGUUCGGAAAUUCAAAUCUACACCUCCUCAUUUACCUCCAGGUGCACCAGUUUACCACAAACAUACUCCAGGUCCUCAUAGACACUCUCCUCACUUUCCUUCACGGCCUCCCCCUCCUGUAUCAAGAGUAGAUUCGCCAAAUAAAAUAACUCCACUGGCACGCUUAAGUCCAUCAUCUGAAUUGUCUCAGCAAAUGCCAAGAAUACUUACAUUACAGGACAUUAGUGGAAAACCAUUGCAAUCAGCCCUGCUAGCAGCGACCUCAUCUUCAGGAGGAGUAGGAAAAGAUGUAUUACAUUCAAAUAGUGAAAGAAGUUUGAACAGUCCUGUUAUGUCACAGCUCAGCGGUCAAAGCAGUGGCUCCCGAAAAGCACCGCCAGGAGAUCUAUUAACACCCGAUGAGAUCUCAAGGCUUAAUGCUAGGCCUAGAGCUUCCAGCCUUGUUUCCACACUGGAUGCUGUCAGCAGUUCUUCCCCAGCGGUCCGGGGACAACAAGAAGAACCUGAUGGCUCGACUACGACAGAUGAGAGUGGAAAUGAUUCAUUUACUUGCUCAGAAAUAGAAUAUGAUAAUGCAAGUGGAUCAGGAGGAGAAAAAGCUCGAAAGCAAUUCGAUUUUGAUUCAUCUUUUCGUGGCUCACUGAGUACGCUAGUGGCCAGUGAUGAUGAUUCUCAUCCACCCUAUAGGCCAAGAAACGGUUCCCCAGCUGUUAUUGGCCUAGACUACCUCCUUAACUGGGGACCUAAUUUCGAUUCCCUAGUUGGUGUUUUUAAAGACAUUGCUGAGAUGCCAGAAUCGCAAGGCAGGGUGUCUUCAUCUCUUAGGCUACCCAAUGGAGCAGCAAAGCCUUCUGAGGAAUAUGUAUGAUAAAUGUUGCUUACGGCUCAAACGGAUCAUAUUGAUUCAAAUAUUUAAGUUAAUUUACCGACAGUUAUAAGAACUACGGAGAAACUUGUGACUGAUUGUGAAUCAAAAAUACGUUUUUCCAGUAGUUAAUUGUUAGUUUUGUAAAUAAUUCUUCGAAAGGUCUUAAAAGCCUUCUUCGUUUGUGUAUAUAGGAAAAAGUACAAUUUUCUGUGUUGUGACUGAUAAUGUGUAUACAUAUAAAAUGACUGUGCUCAAUCGCUCUGUCUAAUUUUAUAUCAAUAACUUGAAUGCCAUAUCAAAUUGUACAUUGGACUAUUUUUUAUUGAAUUGUGUAUAUUAGUUUGAUUUUGUACAUAUCUUAACUAUUAUUUGUUUAAAAUGUGAAUGUCGAUAAAUUACAAAAUUAUUUUGUUAAUAGCCAUAUACAGUAGUGCCAAAUAUCGUUCUUACCUCUAUGUAAGUAUGUUAAUAUGCAUCACAAAAACAGUUAAUGAAUGUGUAAAGUAUGGCUGAAGUGUAUGAUUGUAUGAGUGAACAAAUUUUAAUUAAAAAAAUAUGAAUUAAAAGUAUUUUUGUUUUUACCUCUGUGAAAAAUAUUUUAUAGAUAUAGUGAAUGUUUU